GCGUCUCCCGACAGUAUUCAGUCAACAAUCUUACGGUUUACAACGCAAAACAAAAUAGGUGCUUCGUACCAAAUUCGUGCUCAAGUCAAUUUCAACCAAAAGAAAUUCAAUUAUAUAAUCAAAACAAUCGGUUUAUUGUUUUUACCAAAGUAAAAAGUGAACGAUUUUUUAUCAGUCCAGUGAACAAGACACACUUGACAAUUUCUUAAUAUACACCAUUCUUUUCAAUCGCAACGAGCAGUUAAAUAAAUAAAGAAUUAAAAAUGGCUGAAAGUGCAAGCAAGAGAAAUAUUCCAAUUAAAAUGGGCGAUUUCAGUGUCAUCGAUACAGAAUUUUCAAGCAUUCGCGAACGUUUCGAUCAGGAAAUGCGCAAAAUGGAAGAUGAAAUGGCAAAAUUCCGUUCGGAUUUAAUGAAUCGCGAAGCAAAUUACUUUGAAUCGAGCACAAGCAGUUCGACAACUAAAAAAAUAACAACGACCAGCAGCAGUGGAAGCAGCUCAACGACAAGCAACAAUCAAAGCAUUACAAACAACUCAUCGUCGUCGGCAUUGUCACCACUCAGAACACAAAUCCCAAAACAGAACUACAUUUCAGACCUUAACUCACCAUUGAUUCAGGAUGAAGGUGACAGCAAAGUAUUAAAAUUGAGAUUCGAUGUAAGCCAAUAUGCACCAGAAGAAAUCGUCGUGAAGACCGUUGACCAGAAGUUAUUGGUGCAUGCCAAACAUGAAGAGAAAUCGGACACAAAGAGCGUAUACAGAGAAUACAACCGUGAAUUCUUAUUGCCGAAAGGAGUGAAUCCGGAACAAAUUCGAUCAUCACUCUCCAAAGACGGUGUACUCACAGUGGAUGCUCCACUUCCCACCCCAGCAUUGACUGCUGGCGAAAAAUUAAUACCAAUUGCACACUAAAUUUCGAAAGAGAAGAAGUCCAGUCAAAAUGUUUUUUUUUUCUCGAUUUUUAUUUUGUACUUUCUGCUAUUGUUUCUUUAUAUUGUCAAAAUUCAGCCAUCGUACAAAAAUCUCUGACAAAAUCCGUUUUGGUUCUUUUGAUUUUUGUAAACACAUUAACACUAGCUAUUAAUCUUUUACGUUUUUAAGUAAAUUGGUUAAAACAACAAAAAAUACAAAAUACACUGCAAAUUUAUUAAAUUAUAA